AAUGCAUUUUACUGCGCAGUUUUGGUUGAUAUCCUUCAAGUUGUGGUACGCUGUCUCCUAGCCGUUGCAAGUUCACGUGGAGGCAUUGCAGAAGUUGAAAAGCGCAAGCCCGUUGCGUGGAUACUGUAUCUGCACUUCUUUCUUGUCGUCUGUGAAUUCGUCGCAUACUCACUUGUCAUCUACUUUGAAGCGUCUUCUCAAAAAUGCCUUUCCAAAGCAUGCUUCUUUCUGCGAAAUUCUUGUCUCUUGGGGUUGGUUUUGCUCGUGGUCAGCCUCAUCUUUAUUCUGACCACAUUUGACUCGACUGGUCGUGUAUGGCGUCACCAUCCAGGUCUGUGGUGUAUGGAAGAGGGUGCGAGCUCACGACGUCUAAAUCGCGCUCAAGCACAUCGCCUCAUAGCUCGUCUGUGGCGUCGACGAAUCCGAUGUCUAGCUUGUCUAAGGAACGCUUGCAGGCGACUGGACUUAGAUACCAAAAGAAGUAGUCGGGAUGCAAUGCUGCUUGUCUCCGAUAUGGUCGGAACACGAAUUUGGUUGCCUCCGACCUUCUUGCGGGAUUGCUACUUCUGCGAUGGCAAUCACGUCAGUGGAUUGGCUGUGAAAGUCGGGUUCCACUACAGCGCGUCCUUGAAGACUCGGAUAUAUAUGAUCCGGUAA